GGAGAUUCUCUACAGCUUCGUAAAUGUAGCUAAUCUGCAUUUUGCUUCAAUUUUAAUAAAUAUUCAAGCUGUGUCUUCGAGCUUCACGCUUAAAUGUUUUUUUCUGAUGCUUACCGCAAUAUGCGUCUGGAAACACCUUCAAAACAUUUCAAGCGAUAACUCUCUUAAUAAUAUUAGUUAUUAGACUUUCAUAUUGGAGAAAUUCCUAUUCCUGGAGAAAAAUAUGAAUGAAUUAAAAAAUAUAUUAAGUUUAGCCUGUCUAGACACAGAUUGAGAAUGCGCACAUCGUUUCACCAGUUAAUGACGUAUUGUUUUUGCGACGCAGAAGGGAACGGGGAACCCUCUUCAAAAUGAAAGUCCAAGCGAAGACUAAGACCAUGAAUUAUUCGAAGAUGUAAGAAGCUGUGGCUGUCGUUUGUUCAACAUUCUUUUUGUCUUUUAUUAGCUGGUGACAACUCAAGGUGGCGUUUGAAGUAAAAACUAGUAGCUGAAUAUUUCGCUAUUCUGCCGACUCGAGCCGACAAACAAUCCUGAACGUUCGAAGAGCGAUUGGACGCUUCUUGAAACGAAGGAAAAAUAUUCUAUCUGCAGGUCCUGGCAGGGAUGCUGUACCUAGGGAAUACGAAAAUCUCGUCUGGCUCUCUGUAUACAUCAAACAUCGAGAGACCAGCUCUAAUUUGGAACUUURACCUUUUUCGGUCAUAUGGAAACGGUCGUUUAACGAUCGUUUGCGAUCCUUACACUCCAAUGAGCUCCACGAUACUGCGAUCGUUCUCGAUCGUUUAUGUUCGUUUUCGAUUAUAAGGAAACCAGGCUUUAACGAAACGCCUUCCAUUAUGGCCAGUGGCUUAACUUUAGGAGACAUACUAUGAUUAGAAUAUUGCAGGUAUGGCCAGUGCUCCAGCAGACCCAAUCGAGAUAUUGCGAUCUUCAAAAGAGAAGAAUAAUUACACGAGACUAACAAGACUCUUGAUAGCAGGAGGAACGGUUAUCUUAAGAGAAUUAUUGGACAACAUAAUCCCUCCCCACCAUUUUCCACAUGUAUUGUUGUUCCCAAAAGUACAUAGAACAUUGAAAAGGCUGAAAAAGAAACGUAUAAUAACUUCUGAGCAGUGGAAAUCUCUUUUCCCAACCGACACUUCUUGUGGAAAAUCUACUGAUUUUGAUAUAACUUUGAUAUUCAAACUGCUGAGAGAAUUAUGUUGCUUGACUCCACCACCAAAAGGAUGGGACGAGCUUCCUGCUGACGACAAAGAUUUGACUUUACCAGCCGAUCUAGCGAGGAUCAAGAAUUAUCGGAAUGCUGUUUACGCUCAUAAAGUCAAAAUAGAGCUGGAUGACAGUGAGUUCCAAGACCUUUGGAAACGCAUUAAAGAUGCUUUACUGAGAAUUGUCAAUCAUUAUAACAGUUCUAACCCAUCUGCUGUAUUAAAAUGGAAGACAGCGAUCGAAAAGCUCCUGACAGAUCCUCUAGACAUCAAGAAAAGUCAUGAAGAGAACGAGAAGUUAAAGAUUUGGUGCAUUAAUGAUCCUAAUGUUCCGAAUUCAGAUUUAAAAGAUGACAAUGCGAGAUUGAAAAAUCAAGUAACUCGCGAUCGGUUGGAGUCUUCUUUAGUCAAUGUCUAUUGCACUUGGAGGUCGAUAAUGCAAGAGGAGACAGAUGGUCCUGUAGGUGCUUUCAUAAUCCUCUGCCACAAAAAUGAUCCAGAAUCUCUGAUCAACAUGAUAAGUGAUGCAUUACCAGAUGGACUGGUGRUAAAAUAUAUUGUGGCAGGAUCUAUUGUUUUGCAGCUAACAUCUACCUCAGAUGAAGCUCUGAAUGAGUUAGUCAUUGUGCUCACAGAUACAAAGUUGGAAGUUCUGAAAGAAAAAUACACCUAUGUUCCAAACAAGACUGAAGUUCUUUUUGAAGCAGAAGAAUUUACUUUAAUGGUCAUUUGUUUAAUCUUUUUUGGCAAUCGUAUUUAG